CUCCUUGAUAAACCACUUGGGAUGAAUCAGCCACCGGACCAGAUAAACAAGCCAGCCUGUUACUACUGCUGUUUUCUGCAAGUCGGAAGGGAACUCCCUUAGAUCCCGCCCAGAACCUGGAAUUCCAGAGCACACAGAGCCAGGACACCUUUGUACCCCUGCUCCCCACCGGCUCAGGUCCCACCCACCCCCUUCUCCCCGCCCCAUGCCCGGGUGGAGCCAGCUGCCAGGGCACCAAGACUCCCAGCCCUCCCUCUGUGCACAGCAGACUAGAGGCCAAGGGAGGGCUCUGUGCCGGCCCUGAUGAGGACGCUGCUGACCAUCUUGACUGUGGGAUCCCUGGCUGCUCACGCCCCUGAGGACCCCUCGGAUCUGCUCCAGCACGUGAAAUUCCAGUCCAGCAACUUUGAAAACAUCCUGACGUGGGACAGCGGGCCGGAGGGCACCCCAGACACGGUCUACAGCAUCGAGUAUAAGACGUACGGAGAGAGGGACUGGGUGGCAAAGAAGGGCUGUCAGCGGAUCACCCGGAAGUCCUGCAACCUGACGGUGGAGACGGGCAACCUCACGGAGCUCUACUAUGCCAGGGUCACCGCUGUCAGCGCGGGAGGCCGAUCAGCCACCAAGAUGACUGACAGGUUCAGCUCUCUGCAGCACACUACCCUCAAACCACCUGAUGUGACCUGUAUCCCCAAAGUGAGAUCGAUUCAGAUGAUUGUUCAUCCUACCCCCACACCCAUCCGUGCAGGGGAUGGCCACCAGCUAACCCUGGAAGACAUCUUCCAUGACCUGUUGUUCUACCACUUAGAGCUCCAGGUCAACCGCACCUACCAAAUGCACCUUGGAGGGAAGCAGAGAGAAUAUGAGUUCUUCGGCCUGACCCCUGACACAGAGUUCCUUGGCACCAUCAUGAUUUGCGUUCCCACCUGGUCCAAGGAGAGUGCCCCCUACAUGUGCCGAGUGAAGACACUGCCAGACCGGACGUGGACCUACUCCUUCUCCGGAGCCUUCCUGUUCUCCAUGGGCUUCCUCGUCGCAGUGCUCUGCUACCUGAGCUACAGAUAUGUCACCAAGCCGCCUGCACCUCCCAACUCCCUGAAUGUCCAGCGAGUCCUGACUUUCCAGCCGCUGCGCUUCAUCCAGGAGCACGUCCUGAUCCCUGUCUUUGACCUCAGCGGCCCCAGCAGUCUGGCCCAGCCUGUCCAGUACUCCCAGAUCAGGGUGUCUGAACCCAGGGAACCCGCAGGAGCUCCACAGCGGCACAGCCUGUCCGAGAUCACCUACUUAGGGCAGCCGGACAUCUCCAUCCUCCAGCCCUCCAACAUGCCACCUCCCCAGAUCCUCUCCCCACUGUCCUAUGCCCCAAAUGCUGCCCCUGAGGUCGGGCCCCCAUCCUAUGCACCUCAGGUGACCCCCGAAGCUCAACUCCCAUUCUACACCCCACAGGCCUUCUCUAAGGUCCAGCCUCCCUCCUAUGCCCCUCAAGCCACUCCGGACAGCUGGCCUCCCUCCUAUGGGGUAUGCAUGGAAGGUUCUGGCAAAGACUCCCCCACUGGGACACUUUCUAGUCCUAAACACCUUAGGCCUAAAGGUCAGCUUCAGAAAGAGCCACCAGCUGGAAGUUGCAUGUCAGGUGGCCUUUCUCUGCAGGAGGUGACCUCCUUGGCUAUGGAGGAAUCCCAAGAAGAAAAAUCAUUGCACCAGCCCCUGGGGAUUUGCACAGACAGAACAUCUGACCCAAAUGUGCUACACAGUGGGGAGGAAGGGACACCACAGUACCUAAAGAGCCAGCUCCCCCUCCUCUCCUCAGUCCAGAUCGAGGGCCACCCCAUGUCCCUCCCUUUGCAACCUCCUUCCCGUCCAUGUUCCCCCUCAGACCAGGGUCCAAGUCCCUGGGGCCUGCUGGAUUCCCUUGUGUGUCCCAAGGAUGACGCCAAGAGCCCAGCCCCUGAGACCUCAGACCUGGAGCAGCCCACAGAACUGGAUUCUCUUUUCAGAGGCCUGGCCCUGACCGUGCAGUGGGAGUCCUGAGGGGAAUGGGAAAUGCUUGGGGCUUCCUCCCUGUCCCUACCCAGUGUCACAUCCUUGGCUGUCAAUCCCAUGCCUGCCCACGCCACACACUCUGCGGUCCAGCCCCAGACGGGUGCCCUUGAGAGAAGCAGAGGGAGUGGCAUGCAGGGCCCCUGCCAUGGGUGCGCUCCUCACCAGAGCAAAGCAGCAUGAUAAGGACUGCAGUGGAGGAGCUCUGGGGAGCAGCCUGUGUAGACAAGCGCAUGCUCGCUGAGCCCUGCAAGGCAGAAAUGACAGUGCAAGGAGGAAAUGCAGGGAAACUCCCGAGAUCCAGAGCCCCACCUCCUAACACCAUGGAUUCAAAGUGCUCGCGGAAUUUGCCUCUCCUUGCCCCAUUCCUGGCCAGUUUCACAAUCUAGCUCAACAGAGCAUGAGGCCUCUGCCUCUUCUGUCAUUGCUCAAAGGUGAGAAGAGAGCCUGCAAAAGAACCAGGCCUGGAAAAGAACCAGAAGGAGGCUGGGCAGAACCAGAACAACCUGCACUUCUGCCAAGGCCAGGGCCAGCAGGACGGCAGGACUCUAGGGAGGGGUGUGGCCUGCGGCUCAUUCCCAGCCCCGGCAACUGCCUGACAUUGCGCGAUUUCAGCUUCAUUCCUCUGCUAGAACGAAGCAAAAUGCAGGUCCACCAGCGAGGGAGACACACAAGCCUUUUCUGUGGGCAGGAGUUUCAGACCCUAUCCUGAGAAUGGGGUUUGAAAGGAAGGUGAGGGCUGUGGCCUCUGGACGGAUACAGUAACACACUGUACUGAUGUCACAACUUUGCAAACUCUGCCUUGGGUUCAGCCCAUCUGGGCUCAAAUUCCAGCCUCACCACUUACAAGCUGUGUGACUUCAAACAAAUGAAUCAGUGCCCAGAACCUCGGUUUCCUCAUCUGUAACAUGGGGAUCAUAACACCUACCUCAUGGAGUUGUGGUGAAGAUGAAAUUAAGUCAUGUCUUUCAAGUGCUUAAUAGUGCCUGGUACAUGGGCAGUGCCCAAUAAACGGUAGCUAUUU